GAAAUUGCAGUAUAGACGGCAGCGUGGCCAUGGACCCUCGGUACCUGCGGCAGCCAGCGACGCGCGCCGAGCGACACGGCGAUGGCCGAUAUGCGCGCGAUGGACUUCCUUCCACGGGCCUCUUCUCGCCGCUGACGCAGCUGCACUCGGCCUUCCACAAGCGCCAUGAGACUCGCAAGCGGUCCGAGUCCAGCCCGAUGGCCAUGGCGUACAACCGCGCGACGCAGAACCGCCGAGCCAUCCAGCUGCCGCCGCGGCCUUUUUCGUUUCGGCAGCGCCAAGGCAAACUCGACACGCGGACCAUCGCCCAAAUCGACCUGAACAAGGUCGUGCGGGAGACCGACAUUGACACGAUUCAGAACCACUUGGAGAACUUGGCUUUCUCGGACGUGACGCUCCAGGACGUCAACCAGUACUCGGACGAGUACUUUCUCAAGCUCUUCCAAGUCGCGCAGCUGACUGUCGAGUAUCUCUUGAACGUUCAAGAGUCGCUGGUGCUUCACACGGAAGACCUCGAGACGCAGUGCGACCACGUCGCUGCCGACUGCAAGACGCUCGAGGCCGAGAACCAAACGUUCGACGCCGAAGUCAAAUUGCUCAAGCAAGAGAUCCAGCAAAAGCAAAAUACGAUUGCGACCUUUGAAAUGAUGCUCCUCACGCAGCAGCGCAGCGCGUCCGUGCCCGCGACGUCACCAACACCGGCGCCUGUCGACUGUGUGUUUUGCAACAAGAAAUUUCUCUCGACCGAGUACCUCGUCAAGCACCAAAAGAAAAAACACUUUGACGACUACAGCAAACUCAGAGCGACCAAGUCGGGACCUCCACCGCUCCAGGCACCGCCCCCUGUACACGCACCGCCGCCCGUGCAAGCACCACCGCCGAUCGAGACGCCACCAGUAAUGGUUGAGCCAGCCAAGCCCGCUGCAUCCGAUGUCAGCUUGGUGUCGGCCCUCGUAGCCGCCAACACGACGGCCCUCACCAAGCAGCUCGAGACGCUGCAAGCCCAGCUCCUUCAGGACAAGUCAGAGCGCGCAAAAGAGACGCAGCUGCUCCAACAACAGCAAAACGCCUUUGCGCAGAGCAUCGUCGAGCAAAUGGCGCGCAUGCAGCAAGCGCUGCAGGACAUGCAGGCCAAGACGCAGACCGAGUGGAUGCACUUUACGGAGGAAAUUCUCAAGGCCAAGCCGCGGCCCGCCGACCACAUUGGCCACGUUAUGCACGACACCGACGACAAACUUACGCGCGAGAUGGUCCAAGACCUCAUGCAGCAGCGAGAGAAAGAGCUCGCGCGGCGACUUGAGCUCGAGGCCGAGCAGCGCGAGUGGGCGGCCCGCGAGCUCCAGCUCCAAAAGCAGCUUCUCGACGAAAAGCAAAAGCAAACGACCAACGAACUCACGCUCACGCACUUGAUGGCGCUCGAAGCGCAAAAGUACGGCCUCGACUACGGUCUCCCACCGUCCGCGGCCCCUACUGUCGUGGUCGUCGAACGCGGCCCGCCGCCAGCCGUGGAGACACCAGUUGUAGCUGCUGAAGAGCCCAAGCAAGCACCACCGCCCUGUCUGGUACGACAGCCAUCGAUCCAAGUGCCUGACGUUGUCCCGACACCGGUACCAGCAAAGGCAGCACCGCCCAAACCCGUGGUUGUGGAAGCACCUCCGCCGAAACCAACACCGGUGGCAGCGCCAGUGGUUGCGCCGGUGCCUGCCCCAGCACCAACUCUUGUCGAAAUCGAGACGCCGCCAGCGGUGGUCGAAGCUCCUCCAAUGCCCGAGGCACCUACACCAGCGCCAAGCGAGGACGCGCAAUUGCGUCGUCUGCACGCCGCGGCCACGACGAUCCGUCGCGUGACCAAGGGCUUUCUCACGCGAUCGCGUCUCGCCCAUCCGCACAGCUGGCAUCUGCGUCUGCAAGGCCACGACGUGCUGGUGCCCGUGACGCGCGAUACCACCGCACUCGACGUGCGCCGCGUCAUCGCUUCGGAACUUGGCAACAUCGACCUCCACCGCGUGUUGCUGCACGACGUACACUCUGGCGAUGAGCUGCCAGGAUCGUUCUUGGUGUUUGAGACCAACGGGCACUUGGAAAUCGAAAUCAUUCCCGCCAUGCACGACGACAUGCACCACUUUGCGGUCAUCGACGAGCUUGUCAUCGACUUGGCCGCGCAGAAAGGCCAGAUUCAAAGCCUGCGCACGGAGACGUUGCCCGCGCACGUGCGACCGGAGAAUGCAACCGUGCUUGCAGCGCUCGUACGUCUUCAGAGCGUUGCGCGGGGCAUGCUUGCGCGGCGCGAAGCUGCGUCGCGGCGCAUUGACCGCCUCGUCGAUGCGCGGUUGGCGCAGCUGCAAGCGCCGCCCGUUGUCAUUGCCCACAAGCCGACGCUCGCCGAGGUACACACGCGCAAGGUCACGGACGCACUCCAUGCCAAGCUCGUCGCCUUCAAAGUCGGCAAGUCCGCGGAUAGGAUUCCGCGGCAGCUUUCAAAAGACGCGUACGAAGCGUCCAUGAAGCAGCUCACGGCGGCGCGCGAGGCUCAGCCCCCCGAGGUCCAAGCGCGCAUCGCUGGUCUUCUCAGUAUGAUCCACGACGUGAGUGUGUCGCAGUACGACGCCGCAGCCGCCAAAGAAAAGGAAGCGACGGCAACGGCCGCGACGUCUAUUCAGUCGAUUGCUCGCGCGGCACUGGCGCGCAAAAUGCUGCAAAAGAUGCUGGCCAAGCAUGCACCUGCCGAGGCGUCAUUGGUCACCGAAGGCACCACUCAACGGGAUGCUGAAGCGACGGCCAAGCCCACAGACGACAAUGACGACGAGGCCAAACCGAGCGCCGAAUUGCACGAGUCGGUCCAAGCUGUCGACGAAGCGCCGCCCAAGGCAACAAGCUCGGUCACUGAGGACGAGGGGGUGAUGACCAUUGACGAGUUCAACGACGACGAGCCAAAGCCCGCGCCGGCGACGUCGGAGGCCCUUGAGAAAGCCGUGCUGCAGGACGAGUAUGAGGAAGAGCGCGCCAAGCUCGCGGCGCUUAAGGAGGCGAGUGCGCGCGUGAUUUCGCCCUUCUCGCGCGCGCCGCUGCAGUCGAUGCGCAGUGCCAAGCGCGGGUCAAGCUCCCAGAACGCACGGUAAUCACCAUGAAUUGGCUCGUUUAAUAAUCAUCAACUACACUAUUUACUUGUUGGCCU